CGAAGAGACGGAGCCGGGGAACCGCGCCACCCGUACGCCCCCUCGACGAGACGGCAGCCCCAACCAUUCGCUCGCUCUCCGUUUCUUCCAGGCGCGGGGCUACGGACGGAGCCUGGCGAGCGCUGGACGCCGAGCCGGCGCAACUUGGCCAAGGCAGCGUCGAAGAGAGGGAUCGGACGGGACGGGCAAGCGGAGCGCGGCGGAGUUCCUCCGAAAGAAACAGGCGGCAGGCAAGGCUUUGCCGGCACGAUCCGCCCGGGCUCGGGGGUUGGAAGGGGCCACCCUAGGGAGGAACUAAGCGGCAGGGAGCGCCCCUCUCCCCGCAGGUCCCUCUGGAAGAGACUAGACGGGGAAGUCUACCGUCCCUGGUGGAGGCAGUGGAGAAUUUCCAAGCCCCCACUCUUUACUGAGACGCAGGGGAGGGUCCUGCUCCCCCGAUGGGAGGGGCCGUGGGCAGGCAGGAGAGCUAGUCCUACUUCCCUUCCUGCCCCUUCCUCGGCAUCUCUCCUACAUGGUCCCAACCCCGUUGGAAGUGCUGGAAAGUUGUGUGGAAAGCAAUGCUGAUGACCUAGAUGUGGGUUUCCUGGACCAAGGAGGCCCUGACGACCCCCAUGGAGCCACUAAAAAGUAUGUUCAGGAAGGCCCCGCUGGUGGCCUGGGGGGGAGGGGGCUCCCGCAGUGGGGGCACCACGGCUUAUGCCAACCCUGUCUGGACAGCUUUGUUUGACUAUGAGGCCGCCAGCAGUGAUGAACUGACCCUGCGCAAAGGCGACUUGGUGGAGGUCCUUUCGUGGGAUGCCGCUAUCUCUGGUGACGAAGGCUGGUGGGCUGGCAAGGUGAAUGACCAAGUGGGCAUCUUUCCUUCCAAUUAUGUCUCGCCCAAGACGGGGGGCUACUCUGGGCCUGAGGGCCCACCUGAGGCUGACUUCCGUGACCUGAGGCUGGAGGAAGUGAUCGGGGUCGGUGGUUUUGGCAAGGUCUACCGUGGCAGCUGGCGUGGGGAGUUGGUGGCGGUCAAGGCAGCCCGCCAGGACCCAGAUGAGGACAUCAGUACCACAGCAGAGCGGGUGCAGCAGGAGGCCCGGCUCUUUGCCAUGCUGCGGCACCCCAACAUCAUUGCUCUCAAGGCCGUCUGUCUGCAGGAGCCCAACUUGUGUCUGGUGAUGGAAUAUGCCGCAGGGGGUCCGCUCAGCAGGAUGCUGGCCGGGCAGAGGGUACCGCCACACAUUCUCAUCAAUUGGGCCGUGCAAAUUGCCCAGGGGAUGCAGUACCUGCAUUGUGAAGCCAUUGUGCCAGUCAUCCACCGAGACCUGAAGUCCAACAAUAUCCUCCUGGCUGAAUGUGUGGACAAUGGAGAUGUGAGUGGGAAGACCCUGAAGAUUACAGAUUUUGGACUGGCCCGUGAGUGGCACAAGACAACCAAGAUGAGCACAGCGGGCACCUAUGCCUGGAUGGCACCCGAAGUCAUUAAAAGCUCCACUUUCUCCCGGGGCAGCGACAUCUGGAGUUACGGGGUCCUUCUUUGGGAGCUUCUUACGGGGGAAGUCCCAUAUCGGGGCAUUGAUGGGCUCGCUGUGGCUUACGGAGUUGCCGUGAACAAGCUGACACUACCUAUUCCAUCCACCUGCCCAGAACCCUUUGCACGCCUCAUGGCAGAGUGCUGGGAACAGGACCCGCAUCGGCGGCCCAGCUUUGCAUCCAUCCUGUCCCAGCUGAUGGUGCUGGAGGCUCAAGUUCUCCAUGACAUGCCCCCGGAGUCCUUCCACUCUAUGCAGGAUGACUGGAAAGUUGAGAUCCAGGACAUGUUUGAUGAGCUGCGUGCCAAGGAGAAGGAGCUGUUGAGCCGUGAGGAGGAGCUGAAGCAGGCAGCCCUGAAGCAAAAGUCCCAGGAGGAGUUUCUGCGCCAGCGGGAGCACGAGUUGGCCCAGUGGGAACUGGAGGUCUUUGAGCGCGAGCUGAGCCUCCUCAUUCAGCAGAUGAACCGGGAACGGCCCCAUGUGAAGAAGCGGAAGGGGACCUUCAAGAGGAACAAGCUGAAAGGGAGGGAUGGCGAGCGCAUCAGCAUGCCCCUCGAUUUUAAGCACCGCAUCACAGUACAGGCUUCCCCUGGUUUGGACAAGAGAAAGGACUUCUUUGAGGUGGGAACUGGUGGCUCCCCCACUUUUCCCCGAUUCCGAGCUAUCCAAUUGGACCCAAGUGAAAAUGAUCAGAAUUGGGGGCGCCAAUCACCACGUCGAGGGGAGGAGACCUGGAACGGCCGUACCAAGAGCCCCAAUUCCCCAAAACCAUGGGAGAGCACUACACAGAACGGAAGGAGAAGAUCACGGUUGGAAGAAACUACCUGGUACAUGGAGCCGGAAGCACCCAAUCCUCCUCUGCAGAUCCAGACCCAGCUCAGCCAGAAUGGCAGCAUCCCAGGUGAUUCUGCAGAAGCAGAGGAUCCAGCACCGGAACGGCCCAGCCCUCCGCGACUUAUCCAGCGGGCCCUGCUCCGGGGCACAGCGUUGCUUGCGUCCCUCGGCUUGGGUCGAGAGUUGCCAUCUGUGCCUCAGGAACUCCCACCGACCCCUCCCCAAAGAGAGUCCACCCCUGCCCUACUGGUAGAGUUGUGUAAAGAGGAUCCGCCCACUGAUCUCCUCGUUGACUUGGCCUCAGGGGGCGACAGGGAGUCUUUGCCUCCCCUCUGGGCCCAGCUGUCGCCCAAGAUCCCAAGACUUGCAGAGGGUCGUAGCAACAAAGCUCAGAAAUGGGAUGGAGCUCUCCCAUCUCCCUCUUCUCCCCGUAGCCCAAGGUCACCUCGCCCUCCCUCUCAUUCCAGCCUCAUCUCCCGGCCCCGGCCUUCUCCCGUCCGCAGUCGUAUCGACCCCUGGAGCUUUGUGUCUUCUGGACCCCGCGCUUCACCCGUCCAGUCCCCGCAACUGGGGACACGCCUGUUCAAACCACGGAGUUCCGACGGAACCAAUCCGUUUGUGGUGUGUGACCCUGAUCCAUUUGCCUGUGGGGACUUCUCAGCUCCAACGGAGCCUUCUACACCUGUGCCCUCUGACCCCUUUACUGUUGCAUCCAGAUUGGCUGCUCCAGGGCAGCGUAGUCCCGCUCUGUCGCAGGGCCGGACCACUGGACCCUUCCCACCCAAAGAAGAACUCCCAGCCCCACCCUGGUGGUCAGCAGCUGCAACGCCUCAAGGAAGGGCAGUCCCCAAAUGAAUGGGAGCAAAAAAGGAAGUCCCACCUUCCAGGUGCACCUUUUGUUCAGGAAGUUGGCGUCUUUGACAGAACCUCACGCUCAACCGUGAUUGGACACGAGGCUGCAAGUGUGAGACCAGAGUGUGAACUGCUUCCAAAGGGAGGAUGUGAAUAUUCCUAGAUUGUAAGGGGGAGGGGGAAUUUACUGGAGGGGCCUUCCUCCGACACUCCUCUUCCCUCCUCCUUGUCAUUCACUGAGCUCCUUCAGCCAAUUCUUUCAAGGAUGUGAAACCACUUAUAGCGGAUGGAAGCGUCCUGCGCAACACAGAGCUGAGAAAGUUGGGAGGGUGUGUGCGUGUGUGCAAGUGCAUGUGUAUACUGAGAGCAGUGGAAUAAGAGGGCAGUGUGAUGGAUGAGCCAUUUCUCAUGCCCCUCCGUAUAAUGAACACUAACCAGUCAGAUCCAUGGUGGCGGGAGCUGCCUCUCGUUUCCCCACCCCUGCAUGCGCCAACUGAGCAUCUUGCCAGAGAUCCCUCCUUCCCCUGGCAGUGGAUCAACCAGACUUGCUGACUGGCAGCUAUCUUCUUCCCCAUCUCUUCUCUGUUUGCCAGCUGGCCCCUGCUGCUUCUGCAGCCAUGGCUGUGCCCAUUGGAGAUGGGGUGUGUGUGUUUGUGUGCAAAACCCGCCCCCCCCAAUACUUUUCAAGAUUCGUCCUCCUCAAGCUUAGCAGAGCCAGAAGCACAGAACCCCUUGUGCACACUGGAGGAGCAAAGGCUGCCUUGCAACACCCAUGUGCAAAAGUGAGCACAUGCUGCACAUGUGCUGCGGUGCAAGCAUGAGAAGAGGCCAGUUGGAAAGUGGGGAAAGGGCUGCUUGUGGUUCAGGGCAUUGCCACCUGUGUGACAAGCAUUGUGAGUGUGUGAGUGUGGUGUGUGUUUGUGCAUGCAUGCAUGUCAUGGUACAUGUGUGCAAAAACUGUUCUUCAUGCCCAGGAUUCUGCAGCAAGAGGAGCUCCUGCAGUUGGCAGUCAUUAGCACUUGGAACGUGCAAUUCUACUGUGUCCACUUCUACCCUUCCUUUAAAUUUGUGCCUGUGCCAGGCUCCCUUGUUCCCUUCCCACCCCAGUUGUGCAAGGGAGCCACCUGUGUCAAGCCCAGCCCAGCUUGGAAAGGGCCAAGCCUGUGAAAUGAGACCAAAUAAACCUCCAGUU